CCAAGUUCAUCUUCUAACUAAUAUUACUUGAUAAUGUCUAGUGAUCAAGUUGAGAUAGUAAUGGUGCCAUUGCCGGCACAAGGCCAUCUCAACCAGCUCCUCCACCUCUCCCGCCUCAUCUCGGCCUACGGCGUUUCUGUCCACUUCGCCAGCACCACCACGCACAACCGUCAAGCCAGGAUCCGAGUCCAAGGUUGGAACCCAAACACCACCCAAAAUAUCCAUUUCCAUGACUUUGACAUUCCUUCUUUUCCCACUCCACCUCCGGACCCCAUUUCUCCAAACAAGUUCCCUUCUCAUCUCGUUCCUUCCUUCCACGCCGCGGCCACCCAUCUCCGCCACCCCGUCGCAGCUCUCCUUCGCCAUCUAUCGUCAAAAGCGAAACGAGUGGUCGUCAUCCGUGACUCUCUCAUGGCUUCCGUGGUCCAAGACGUUGCUUCAAUACCAAAUGUUGAGUCCUACACUUUGCGAAGCAUCUCAGCUUUUGCCAUGUUCUUAAUGCUUUACAACGACGUCGUAAAGGAGAAAGUAUCACAAGAAGUACUAGCAUUGACCAAUGAAAUAGUCCCGGAAGAUGUUCCAUCCAUUGAAGGGUGCUUGAGCACUGAGUUCUUGGACUUCACUUCUUCACAAAACGAGUUUCGAAGCUUCACUUCCGGAUAUCUCUACAACACAAGCAAGGUAAUCGAAAGUGCUUACAUGGAUUUACUUGCUAAGAUUGUCCCAAACAAGAAUCAUUGGGCAAUAGGGCCAUUCCAUCCGUUAUCGUUUUUGGAGAAGAAAACUUCAAACGACAGUAGCCAUCACUUUUGUUUGAAGUGGCUCGAUAAGCAAGAAUCCAACUCAGUAAUUUACGUGUCGUUCGGGACAACCACAACAUUCUCGGAUGAACAAAUCGAACAACUUGCUCUUGGGCUGGAACAGAGUGAUAUAAAAUUCAUUUGGGUACUUAGGGAGGCAGACAAGGGAUCUGUUUUUGAUGGUGAGAAACAGAUGAAAAGGUACCAUUAUCAACUUCCAAAAGGUUAUGAAGAAAGAGUGGAACACAUGGGCAUUGUGAUGAGAGAAUGGGCGCCCCAGUUGGAGAUAUUGGGGCACCCAUCGACGGGUGCGUUCUUGAGCCAUUGUGGAUGGAAUUCGUGUGUAGAGAGCAUGACAAUGGGAGUGCCCAUUGGAGCAUGGCCAAUGCACACUGACCAACCAAGGAAUGCGGUUUUGGUGACAAAAGUGCUAGGCGUUGGUGCCUUUGUGAGGGAGUGGACCCACCGAGAUGAUGUGGCGAAAGCGAAUAGGGUGGCCGAUGAGAUUAGAAAAUUAAUGGCAUCCGGAAAAAUCAGGAAGAGAGCGAAGGAUUUGGGUGGCUCUCUACGACGGUCCAUGGCAGAAGGUGGAGAUUCUAGGAUGGAGUUGGAUUCGUUCGUUAGUUAUAUUUCUAGAUAA